ACAACAUCGCAUCUUGACCCGGACACCACACAACACAUCCAUUCCCUUCUUGGCGCGAACGAUGACCCUCCUCCCGUUGCUGCACUGCUGAAGGGGUCAGCCUGUCAGCGUUAUCUACGAACCGAACAGCCUUCAAUGCCAGGGCAGCCUGGAGCUGGAGGACUCGGGGAAGGCUAUGUCAUCCAAGCCCUUCCGCAAGGCUACGAGAAGGUCGCCGAGGCUGUCUACAACGUCUACCCCAAGAAGGACAUGUCCGACUCUGCCCAGACCGCCGUUAACCUUGGCUCCGGUCUCAUUGCCUGUUUCGCCGCUGCCAUCGUCUCCCAGCCCGCCGAUACCAUGCUCUCCAAGACCUAG